AGUUAUAGGUAAUUUAAUGCCCAGUGGUGAAAAUGAUCUGAGUAAGCCUAACCAACUGCAUUGUUCACUUUCCAGCAAUCCCUCAUUCUGAGCAAGUAUGUGGCGAAAGUUCCUUUUCAACAGGAUGGACAGGGUGGAGACCUAGACAAAAGUAGUGGUCCAUGAGUACUUUUAAUGUGAAAGAAAAACAAAAUGAACACAGAGUAUAGGGGUGCAAAAGCUCUGUCAAACACUUUGUUUAGGAAGGAGAUAAAGAUGAACACAAACACAAAAGGACUGCACAGGAAGUACUUUCUGUGGGAAAGACAAAUACAAAAAAGUACACACACUGUUAAUAGUAGCAAUGUUUAUAUUAAGGUUAUUGUCGGGCAAAUAAACACAGUUAAAACUGAAGCACUGAGCCAGCAGUACUUUCAAUGGAAAAGGAAAGCAUACACAUAGUUCAUGGUUGUAAUAGCUAUGAAAUAGCUUAGCUAAUCAGUAGAACACAGGUAAACAAUGAAGCACUGAGUUAGGAGUACUUUCUGUGAGAAUAUUGUGUCUAUGUUUUUAAAAAUUGUCUAAUUUUAGGAAGUCCCAGUAAAAUAUUCUAGGUGCCAAACAGAAAAGUUCCAUUCAAUUUAAAUGUAAUAUAUAGUAAUCUUAUUUUUUCAAUGCUUCUCUGUUUUUCUCUUAUUUAUUUUUGACUUUCAGUAAAUGGCUCCAGGUGCAAUGUUGUACUCUCACCAGUAGUGGGCAGUAACGCUUACCUUCUACAUUCACAAUCAAAACAAACAGGUUUGGUGAUGCUUCAACUAUCUGUACACACUGUAUGUUAGCUGACUAAAGAGAGCAAAUGUUCUACAAUGUGAUUCUUAGUUAGCGCCGCGUUAACCUGACAGCCGUCUGGAUAUGACUAAAAUACCCGAACGGGGACAGUCGGACUGAUAAUGCCUUAACUUCCCCAGCUUUCUUUGCUGUGUCCGUGGAGCCCAGAACAAAAUGCUGCUGAAGAUGCCCCAGAAGCUGCUGAAAACGGCCCACUACAUAGAGCUGGGCAGCUACCAGCACUGGCCGGUGCUGGUACCGCACAGAAUUCGGCUGUACACCUACGAACAAAUCCCCCGCUUCCUCAAAGAAAACCCCUACAUCACAGAUGGCUACAGGGCCCACCUGACCUCCAAACUUUGCCUGAAGAGUAUAUUUAUUCUAUCUAAUGAGACUGUGAAUAUCUGGAGCCACCUUCUGGGUUUCCUUCUUUUUUUUUCUCUUGGGGUCAAUGACCUUUCCUCAGUAUUGCCAGCCACUGGAGCAAACAGAGAGGACUACGUCAUCUACGCCAUAGGACUCUUCUGCUUCCAGGUUUGCAUGUUGUGUUCAGUGGGAUACCACCUGUUCUCGUGCCACCGCUCUGAAAAGACCUGCCGUCGCUGGCUGGCGCUGGAUUACGCCGGUAUUUCUGUGGGUAUUCUGGGCUGUUAUGUUCCUGGGAUCUUCUACGCUUUCUACUGUAAUCCUUUUUGGCGACAGGUCUACCUGCUGACAGUGCUCUCCUUGAUCCUAGCUAUCUUCUGCGCUCAGGUCCACCCUCGAUACCUCAGCAAUGACUGGAAGGUAGUAAGGAUGACGAUCUUCUGCUGCGUGGCGGGCAUCGGUGUGAUCCCUGCCUGCCACUGGAUCUGGCUGAGUGAAGGAUUUGCCUCUGAGAUUGUGCAGCUGUUCCUGCCUCGUGUGAUUGUAAUGUACCUGAUAGCUGGAUCUGCGUUCCUGUUCUACGCCACCAAAAUCCCUGAGCGAUAUUUUCCUGGUCAGGUGAACUAUGUCGGCGCCAGCCACCAGCUGUGGCACGUACUGGUGGUGUUGAUGUUUUACUGGUGGCAUCAGACGGCCAUGCACAUCAUGGACUUCAGACACAGCCGGCCCUGUCUCGCCCGAACCAGCGGCAGAUAAGUGAACCUCGGCUCAACGCAUCAAAUUGGCAUAAACAACCUUCAGCUGUUGCCUCACUGUAAAUGCAAGAUGCCCAUGAUGUUGAUGCUGACUGAUAGAU